AUGGCCGACUCAGGCAACGCGAGCUCCGGCUCUGGAGAAGGCCACCGUGGAGGCGUCUGUCUCUCGGAGCACUCUCCCCUGUUCGCUGCUACUCGCCAGUCGUUCGAAUCGACCCCGUCCUCAACGGAUGGCACUGCCCGCGACUCCAAGUCGUCGUCUGACGUCUUCACCGCCGAUCUUUCUAACCAGAAUUCGCAGCUUCACCCCGGAGACUACCAGCUACCUCAGCCUCCCAAGUUCCAGCAGGCAAAGUUCACUUUCAACGACGGUCGGGAAGGUUCUCAGCACGUCUCGAACGUUCAGAUUCCCGGCAAUUUCUCCGCUGGAAAGGCGUCUGUCCGUUCUGAAGGAACUGUCUUUGCGACUCCUGUUGGCCGUUCUGUCAUCGAGCCCACUGCUUCUGGCUAUCGGUCUGGCCCGCCUCCUUCCAUCACUCCCUACCGCGAGUUCGGACCCAUUACCCCCGACGUCAAGACUCCGGGUCAACCCACUCCCGGCUCGUUGAACAACAGCAUUCGACGCAACCAGUCUGGCUCAGGCCUCGCUACCAUUUCGGAAGAGAAAAACAAGUCCACUCAUACAACCGAGCGUGGCCAGACGAAGAAGAUCAUUGCAGAGAUGGCUACCCACUGCCAAAUUGACGGUCCUUUGGUUGGGCCUCUUCGAGAAAGCCGGCGUUCUGAGCUUGCCCGAAACCACCCUGCGUGGGUCCCUGCUCGCCAGGUCCAAGCUGGUAUCAUGACUACCCAGCAGGCGAUCCGUCGGACUCCUGGUAUUCCCAGCAAGAUCGCCAACGAUCUUUGUGAAGGCCUCCAGAAAUACGCUCAGCAGGUCAACAACGUUCUUCGUCAAGCGGUAAAUGAGGUCGCCGAUAUCAAAAUCGACCUCGAGUACAACGAUAAGGUACUCUGUUCCAGCAAGCUAGAGGCCAGCAUUAUCACGGAGGAGCGUGAGCAGCUCAAGCGAGAUAUCGCCGAGUAUCAUCGCAAGUAUGAAGAUCUGGAGGAUCGUCUUGCCCGUUACCACGUCGAGCAAGAGAACCACAAAAACACCGUGCUCGAGUUUCUGGCCCGUCUUGACCCUCGAAAUGGUAACGAUGAGGAGGCCCAUAACCAAACCAUUUCUGAGCUGCUACAGAUUCUGAAAGACUUCAUGAACCGCCCCAGCUCCCGCUGGAUGCAUGGUGAGCGCAAUGACGACUCAUCCAAAGCCAUCACUGCCCUUAGCUCUGCCAGCAUUGCUGCUCUUGAGAAGCAGACUCAGCCGGGUCAGGCUCACCAGCAACCCUAUGAUGCUCAUGCUUCUCAGAUGUCUGAGUCUCGCGAGGUCAUGCCCUCGGCGAACAACGCUUUGCAGCCGUUCAACUACCAGCAGAACGCGGAGAAGCACUCCGCUCUGGUUCAUGUGCCUGCUCAGAAUGGUCCGCCCUCUUCCUACCCGGGAAUGUUCGGCAACGCUCGCCGUCCUGCUGACAACCGCACUAUGUCAUCUGCUGGCUGGACUCGCGCAUCUAGCGGUGCCCGUACUCAGCACAACAUACCCCCUCCGGGUUCCUACUCACGAUCCGGAGAUACUCGCAAUUAUUUCACUGGCGGAUACGAUCAGUUCAAUGACUUUGACGCACCUGGCGGUUUUGGUAGCCGGUUUGACAUGAUCCCGUCUCGCCCCGGUACUUCCAUGGGCAACCGCGGCGCCGCCAACCAACACACUUCAUUCCGUCCCAACGCUCCCGAGUUUCAUCCUGGCAUGAAUGGCGGUAUAGAUCAUGGCUUCGACAGUGUCGAUUCAUCGUACAACCUUGGUUACAGCACUGGAUCCAACGCUGGUUCUCGCCGUGACUUCAACGGCGGCAGCGGUCCUUACACCAGUCCGACUCCUCGUUCUGCUACCCGCAGUACAUUCGGUAACUUUGAGGGUCCUUACUGCAGCCGCUAUCGUGGCCCUCCUCAGUUUAUGAUACCACCCCAGGACCCUCGUUACAAUACAGGCCCGAAUCACAUGGUCCACAACAAGAACGAAUACGUCAUGGCCCAUCAAAACAGCCGUACUCGCGCUCCCAGCUCGUCUGGCCACAGCUACCAUACGGCCAACUACCCUCAGCAGGGGGGCUUCAGUCCCGGUCGUUUCGGCCAGGGCGGCAACGGCCCCAGUCGCGCCGUCACCAGCCCCUUCGCCCCCGAUCAUGGCUUCAGCGAGGAUGAGGGUGGCGAAAACGAGCGCUAUGCUCGGGCCUUUGAGGGAGUCUGGGGUCUUGCCCGGGGCUAG